AUGCAUUGCCGUCCCCACCCGCUCCUCCCGCUGCUCCUGCUUGUCUUAGCCAUCACCACCCCCACCCUCGCCACAGACCUUUUCCCAAGCAGUCUCAUAGGAGUCCCCAGCAUCCUCCCGAACCCCACAGACCUCAUCCCCAUACCUACGAUCCUUAUCCCCAACCCCACCAAGAUCAUUUCUCCCGUCCUCCCCAAGCCCUUUGCCGGCGCUGCGGUCGGUAUGACACCUGAAGUCGGAACCGAUGCAGACAUGCGGCUCGAGAGCGGCGCGGUGGCGGGCGAGACGGCGUUGGGCUCUGCUGCAUAA